AUGGAAGGAGUGGCUAUGCUCCUGUAUCUGAGGAUUCAGUGCAGCUUCACUACCAGCAGAGAGAGUUGCUCCAAGUGAUUCUUACCCUGCGCUAUACUAUAUACGUAGCCUGCUCUGCAUCUCGACAGCCCCACAUGCUGUUCUCCUAAAGAUGUGCUCAUGUGCAUCACAUAGCAGCUGUGAGCUGGCAGCCAUGUAUGGCCCCUUGGACAAAUAUGGGAGCAGUGGCUGCAGCAGUUUGAACGACACGUCAACCAGUAACCUGGGCAGUUCCAUCAUGGCAUGCAAGAAGGUAAUCUGUCCCAGCCGAUCCACAGACUCCUUGGAGUACUGGCUGCAGAAUUCCAAGAACUUGUGCAAGAUCGGACUAGUAGAAGACAGGUUGGAUUCCAACUGCGCAUCUAUCUCUUUUGUAAAUAUCAACGCUUUGAAAGAGGGUUCAAGCCAUGAAGCUUUCAGAAAAAAACUGGACAAAGUAUCUCCAGACCUGCAGAAGCUGAUACAUUCAGUAAGGUCCCAGGAGCUGAGAGAGAAUGAGAUUUUGCUGCUGAGUGGUGUAACAAACAGGAAAUGUGCGCCAACAGCCGAGACCCAACAGGUCAUGUGGCCAAACGAGAUCUGCUUGUUGCAACGUGGGAGAAUGAGGAAAUACUCCUCCAAUUACAUUAUCUUGGAACUAAACAAGUUUCUUCUGGGUCUGGAGCUGGCACAAGAGAAUAACUUGCAGCCUGAUACCAGCGCCAUCCGAGCUGAGGACGACACCAACUGCUCAGUAUCAUCCAUAGAGGAGGAUUUCCUGACUGCCUCUGAACAGCUGGAAGAGAAUAGCGAGGAGGAGAAUAGCAGAGCAGAGUCUCCUGAUGAGAUCAAGAAAGUAAAAAGAAAAGGAACUGAAAACUCUCAGAACAAAAAGAGUAAAGGGACAAAUCUUAAAAAUGAGGAACCAGUUGUGAAUCUUGAGAAUUGGAAAGAGUUGGAGAGAAGCUAUGAAAUGAGGAGACCUUCUCUGAUGGGGCACAGCUUUGAUGAAACUAUUGAGUAUAAAACUGAGAGGAGAAAACCUGUUGGAGAACUGUGUAGGAGUGAAAUAUAUGUUGAGCAGGCUGGAGAUCGCAAUAUCCUGCACGACAAAGUGUGUGGGGUUGAUGACUACACAGACUCUUUUGAAGACCCUGCGACCACAGGCCAGUAUGCAACAAACUUGGCUGAGUGUGUGCUGCAGGAUGCAUUUAUUAGGCUAUCACAAUCUGACAACUCUUUCACCAAGGAGGCAGCUGUCUCUAUCUCAGCCAGUGACUCUGGAGUCAUUUGCAAAGGAGGUUCUCCUGCAGCAUCCCGCUCAUGGAAUGAACUUCCAAAAAUUGUUAUAGUUCAGAGUCCGGACAGUUGUGAGACCCCAACAGAGUGGAUCGAGGAGUCUCAAUGGCCUGAACAGGAGAGUCCCACUAGUGUUUCUGAUCACUGGACAGAUGAGAAGUCAUCUUCAGGCUUCACACAAAGUACACUAGAAGUUGCUUUAGCAUGUGCAGCAUCAGUAAUAGGCACAAUCUCCAGUUCUCAGCCCUCACAGCAAAUUAUAGUGGAACAAAAUUAUAAAAUGGACUCAGAAAAGAAAGACACUGCUGAGACACCCACCACAGACACUGUAGGAUUUCCAGGGGUUGUAUUGGGGACAGAAUUUUCAGUGCCAACUGCUUUGUGUGAAAUGACUCGUGUGGCAAGUGCAGUUGCUGUUUGUGGCCUUAGUGAACAAAAGCAAGGCCAUUACCCGACCACAUCCACUGGACUUUUGGUAGCAGCGGAUGCUUCAGCAGCUGUGACGUUACAUUGUAGCAUAGCUUUGGGAAGCAGCAUGGAAAAACUCAAAGGCAACAUUGCAAAAGCUCUGCUUAGAGAAGCGGCUGUAGUGUUGACUAGUCCAUGCACAUACAGGAAUUUAGAAGAAUUUAUUGAGUCUAUCAAUGAAAAAAUCCGGAGCAGUGUAAGCUCUUGUAAACUGGCUCAUGUGGGCGAUGUUGUUAAUGAUGACCUAGCUCAUAACUUAUCAGAUACAAUACUGAGACAUUCGGCUGAGGAAGCCAUUCAACGGCUGCAGAGUGCUGAGGGCAAACAGUGCUCCAGUGCGCAAAGUGAUUUUGUGUCAACUACCACCGAGCUUCUCUUCAGCGUGAUGGAUUUCACUUGUAAGAAGAUGAGUGAUCUUGUGCAAAGUGGAGACUUGCCUUCUAAUUUUGUGGCUGAUGAUCCUAACUCUGUAGAUCCAGAUUUAAGACAGGUUGAAGACAUGCCUGACAUGCCAAUAGCUAAUAGGGCACCUGGUCAGUGGAACGAAAACCAACUAGCCAAUUUGUACAUUGAGCAAAAACCUGAACCAAUUUCACACAAACUAUCGCAAAAUGAAGCUACAGACAGCAAUACACUACCAGCAGUAACAAAAGCAUCUUGCAGUAAACAGUGCCUGAAAAGGGAACGCUACAAACGUCACCAUAAUGAGCACAGAGCAUUCCUAGCUAGGGAAAGUACUGUCACGGAAGAUGAGUGCAAGUUUUAUGUGCUAGACAAAGAAUCCAUAGACCGGGGUAUAAAUUCAGGGAGUUACGAAAAUCUCAGCUAUGAUCUUAAUAUGUCCAAAGAUUUCACUUUGAAUACAUCAUUGGUGAGUAACUACAAGCUUCUUUCCGCUCAAGCUGUUCUACCACUGAAACAUCCCAUCAGUAAUUACUGCCUAACAGACUUUGCAGAUGAUUUGGCCGAAACGGUUGUUUCUAUGGCCACUGAAAUAGCUGCUAUAUGUUUGGAAAACUCUAAUGGAAGGCAGCCAUGGUUUUGUGCAUGGGCAAAGAGCAGUGAGUGCUUACUGACACCUGGCAGGACAGUGAAAAGAAAAAAAGAGACCUCUUCGGGUGGAUCAGUGGUUAGAAGGCACAGGCCACCGCGCCUCAGUGAGAUAAAGAAGAAGACGGAUGAGCACCCAGAGCUUAAAGAAAGGCUGAUGAACAGAGUGGUGGAUGAGUCAAUCAACCUCGAGGAUGCUCCAGACUCCGUUAAUGCAUUUGCCAACGAAGUGGCCUCCAAAAUAAUGAAUCUAACAGAGUCAUCAGUGGCAGAUUCUCUGUGGCAGGGACAAAAUCUGUCACGGAACAGAUUACACUGUGACAGAUGGAACAGAGGCAAAGCAUCCAGUUAUGAAAGCAUACCUGAGGAAGACCUUUAUGCCAAAAGUCUUCUCAACACGCUUGGUCCUGGAUACCUGCUAGGGCAACCAUUCAGCAGGACCAGCUCCGUGUCCAAACAGUCUAGCUGUGAAAGUAUCACGGAUGAAUUUUCUAGGUUUAUGGUGAAUCAAAUGGAAAACGAGGGAAGAGAAUUUGAACUAUUGUUAGACUAUUAUGCUGGGAAAAAUGCAAAUACUAUUCUGAAUUCUGCAUUGCAGCAGGUGUCUAGGAGAAACAGCCAUUUGAAUGUGAAACCUAGCUGUCUUUCCAAGCAGUCUAGCACAGAGAGUAUAACAGAAGAGUUCUACCGAUACAUGUUAAAGGAAAUAGACAAGGAAAGUAAGGAUAUAUAUUCCAGCAGAAAUACUGCAGAAUGGACGAGUAAGUUGAUGCCUCCCUCACCACGCACCCCUUUCUGCUUCCGACAAUCUUCCAUGCCCUGUAACCGAUCAUCCAGUGCACGUUUGACUGUAAAUGCUCCGGUCAAAGCAAACUCGCUGGAUGGGUUUUCAAGGAGUGGUUCUCGGGAAUUCCUCAACAUUCAACCUGUAAGUGCUAUUUCCUCCACAAAUCUCUGUAAGUCAGACUCCUGCCUUUACCAAAGGUGCCAGACUGACCAAGCUACGGACAUGCUAAUAUAUGAGACCUGGUCCAGCUCCAUUGAGUCACUAAUGCGUAAGAAUAAAAUCAUAGCAGACAGAACUGAUAGCAUAGAUCCAGAAUCCUCACCAAAGGGAUCCCCAGCACAUGUAGACACUUAUGCUAACAAGCUGGCUGUGGACAUCGUUCAGAGUGGAAAAACUCUGAUAGUCCAACAUCAAGAUUCACUUGAUAGCACAAAUAAGGAAAGCUUUAAUAACCAUAAUAUUUCACGAAGUCAGUGCAGCCUUAUGGACAAUGAAGAAACCUUAGCGGUGAGAAGAGAGACAUCCGUUCACCAGGGUGCCUCUUCCACUGGACACAUGGAAGUACCCCUGAUACAGAUUGAAACAGAUCAAAGGGAGGAGACAGAGGAAGAGGACAAAGGAAAUGUACUAGAGAUCACCAUUCUUGAAGAUGUUUCAAAACAAAGUGAAGAGAGAAGCAUCACACAUGUAGGAGUCAGGUCACCGCAAGUAAAGCAGGUAACUGGGAGCUUUCCAAAGGUAACACCAAGACCUGAGUUCCCUACUCCCCUGAGCAGCAGUGAGGAUAGCACGGGCAGCUGGUCACAGCUUGUAAAUGAGGAAGAAAACCCAGAGGAUGCCAGUAGUUUCCUGCAGCUGAGUGAACGAUCUACAAGUAAUGGCAACUGCAGCACAACGAGUAGUGUAGGCGUCACAGACAUGGAGGCUUUUAUGGAAGUUAUUCCGCCGGGUCUGACACCUGACAUGAAACCAGAGAAGCUUGCGACCAAAGAUCUGCAGGAAAAUCCAGAUGAAUGUACCUCUGGGUUAUCAGUGGGCACUGCCAGCUGUCAGCAGGAAGUGUCAGUCUUAAACAUUGACCUGGAUUCUGAGUGCUCGGACCGAGAGCUUCGCACAACUUUGCAGUGGAUUGCUGCAUCAGAGCUAGGAAUACCCACUGUGUACUUCACACAAUCUCAGGAAAGCAGUAUUCAGAAGUUCCUGGAGGUCACACGACUGGUUCAAGCAAAGUCUUGGAAAGUUGGAGAUAUUUUCAGCGCCCUCAUCCUUCACUCCAAGACACAGGUGCAGGGGAGUGUGGCAGUGCCCAGUUUUUUCGACUGGCUCCUGGAGAUGGGAUAGGAUAUAGCUGUUCACUUUUGGGACAAUCUUGGAGUACAGCAUAUCAAGUUUGAACCUUCAUUACAACGCAAAACAGAAAAUACUUUAUUUUGUACCAUGAUUGGAAAAGGAAUGACAGAUUGUAUAUUUAGAAUGUAUUAGACACAGUUUUUUAGGCAUGUGGGCCCUGCUUAAUAUUUUUCUAGUCUCUAUAAAUAUGUAUGUAUUUAUAUCAGGUGGAACAUGUUUGAAUUGUGUAGUUGGACUGUGACCACAUUUUUAAGAUCUAUAGAAACUGAACUUUGAACGAGGUAUAUAAAUUGGCCCUGAAACUAUGCAGUGCUAGCACUGAGAGGGAUGGAGCUGCAUAGCUUUGGCAGUGACUAAUACAUUAUCUUUACAAUUAGAGCACAAAACCAAUGUGAUUUAAUCCUUAUGAUGUAAGUGAGGCUUGUUGUAUGUUAAAUUAUUAAAAAGACUAUAUCAAAACGUCAGAUCAAAAAAUCAUGUCUGUAAUUAAAUGUUGUUGUUUUUUAUUAACAUAAACAUCCCAGAAUCAUACAGUAAA